AUGGGCCUCUACGGCCCAUGGUCACCCUACGGGCAAACGGGUCGAAUAACGCGGCGGCUAUUCUAUUUGGCAAAUUUGUUAACGUUGUUAUACGUAGACGUGGGCAGGAUCAUGAUCGUCGUGUCGAUCAUCAGUAUGAUCCUCUCGGUCUACGCCGUCUACGCACUCGUAAAUGAGUUGCGAUGUGGAAUAUAUUUUUACGGUGUCGGCUCGAUCGUCACGUUCCUGAUGCUGUUCCUCGGAGGCAUCAUGGGAUUCGUGUUUUGUAAUAAGUUGACAGUCGAAAUCCCGCUCGACCUCAAGAUGUCGACCUCACUGCGGGAACUCUAUGGGUCCCCCGAGAUGCCGAAGGUCAAGGAGGCUUGGGACGAGUUGCAGUUGAAUUUUCGCUGCUGUGGUGUCAACGGCACCGACGACUACAGCAUGUGGCGAACAUCGAAGUGGUAUAUGCACCAGAGGACGGAGAAGAUACCGGUACCACAUUCCUGUUGCUUCCCCGGCCAAUACGAGGCAUGUAUCCGGGAAGCCAACGGCCUGGGGGAGCCUCGGUUUCUCUAUACCGACACCUGCUACGAUCCAUUGAAAGCGGAUCUCCUGAAUGUGGUCGAGGUGGCGGCAUGGAUGCUGGUUGUCAGCAGUUUUGUCCAGGGCAUCCCCGCCGUCCUGGCUUUCUUCUACGCGCGACUGAUCAAGAAA